UUGUGACGUCGCCCUGCUCUGCCGCCGCCGUCCUCUGUUCCGCCGCCGCCGUCCUCUGUUCCGCCGCCCUCUGUUACGCCUCCGCGGUCCUCCGUUCGUCCCGUUCUUUGUUUCUGCCACCGUGGGUGGCCUCUGUGUUGCGCCGUCGCCUGCUUUACGUUGCCUCUGCCUCAUUCCAGCCGCCGUCGCCGCUGCCUCCUUCCCGACGCCGUUGCCUCCUUCCCGACGCCGUUGCCUCAUUCCCGCUGCUGUGCCUCUUGUUGCUGUGUGCUAGUUUGUGAUGGCAGAAGCGAUGGGGACUCAAAAAGAUGCCGUUCUUGACACGGGCAGCGCCUCCAAGACUGAGAACGUGCCGCUCCAGGUCACCUCCAUCCGUCUGACCAAGGACAAUUACCUAUCUUGGUCUGCCGCUCUCGAGAUUGGGAUUACUAGUCGUGGGCGUCUCUCUUACAUCACUGGCGACAAACCUGCGCCCAUCAAAUCUGAUCCUCAAUGGGCGACGUGGGCGUUGGAGGACAGCCAAGUGAAGGUGUGGAUUAUCAGCUCCGUGUCAUCCGAUAUUCAGCCCCUCAUUCUGCGGAAGCCGACCUCUUUUGAUAUGUGGACUGUGCUUGCAAAGAUGUAUGGUCGCAAGAAGAGACAUUUGCGCACCUAUCAGAUUAAACGCAGUAUUUACUCUCUGACACAGGGUGAUUUGUCUGUUGCUGCCUUCUAUGCUGCCCUGAAGACCAAGUGGGAGGAGUUAGAUUAUCAUGUGACUGAUGAGUGGACAUGCGGUUCAGAUCAUUCCCUCUACUGGGAAAAGGAAUGGAUGGACCGUACGUUUCUGUUUCUGGGAGGCCUGCGGGAUGAAUUUGAGUCUAUUCGUGGCCAGAUUCUUAAUGGUGAUGAGAUUCCGGGGAUAGAGGAAGUAUAUGCUCGUGUUGAAUCUGAAGAACAACGUCGCCAAGUGAUGCAUCUUGACACCGGUCAUGGCCCUUCUGCCUUUGUCAGCCGUGCCUCAGGGACUGGGCAGCGUCCUGCCCGACAUUGCACUCAUUGCCACAAGUUGGGGCAUUCGGUGGAUUUCUGUUGGGAUCUUCAUCCCGAGAAGAGACUGGUCCGAGGUCGUCCUCCCUCUGGCAAGCGUAGCUCUUCUGUGUCUGAUUCCAGUCAGAGCAAUUCUUCUAGUGGUGCAAAGUCCAAGUUGUCCCCUGCUCAACUCAAGGAGCUACAGGCGUACAUCAGCCGUCUAUCUACUACCCCUGAGGAGUCCUCCACGUCUGAAGGGGCUCAGCUAGCCCAAGCUCUCGUUGCCUCGACUGAUCAAGGACUUGGUGACGGGGAAGAAGAUUGGGAUUGGUUCGGUUACUGAUGGGCUCUACAGGCUGCCGGUCCAAGUUGCUUCAGCAUUGAUUUCUGCCACGAGUGGUCACUUGUCUGGUGUGAACGAUAGAUCUACUGUUCUGCGAUGGCACGAGCGUCUUGGACAUCUACCCUUCCAGUUAAUAAAGAAGUUGUUUCCUCAUUUGUUUGCUUCUGUCUCAAUUGACUCCUUCGCUUGUGAAGUGUGUCAAUUGGCUAAACAUGUCAGGGCUUCGUACCCUAUUUCUUUGAAUAAAACCACUCAUCCGUUUGCCUUAGUUCAUUCCGAUGUUUGGGGUCCUUCUGGAGUACCCACGUGUGGUGGUUGUCACUAUUUUUUGACGCUUAUUGAUGAUUACUCUAGAUGUACGUUCGUGUACUUGUUGCGAGAACGUAGUGAGGUUCCAGCAGUUGUGAAAAACUUUGUUGCCUUUGUUGAGACUCAAUUCCAUACUACUGUUCAAGCUUUCCGUACGGAUAAUGCAAGGGAAUAUGUCUCCCAAUCCCUUGAUGAAUUCUUGAAAGGCAAGGGUAUUGUUCAUGAAACCUCUUGU